AUGAGCACUUAUUCUCCCCUCGAUCGUUCGGACGCUGUGAACACGGCCACAUAUGACUACCAUGGGAUGCCGAGUGCUGUCAGCGGGCACAUGAAUGACCCUCGGUCUGCCGGUCCAUCCACUGGCGGGGCUGCUGGGCUCUUCUGGCAGAAUGGGGCGCCUAUCUUGCGUUUCGAGGAUGCUGUGGUGGAGACAGUUGUUACUCACACAACUCGCACAACCACUUCUUUCGCGCCUGUUCCUCUGCCUCGUAUACCUCACACGCAGAAGAUCUCUUUGCCUAAACACUUGCCAGCCGAAGAAUAUCCAUUGGCCAAUGAACCAGCUCCGAUAGACAUGCGAGCUUUUGCCAUCAAUCUUGGUGACAGUCGAGUGAUGGUACAGGAGGACGGCUCUUUCAGUCCCGAAUCUGAAGCCGACAAUGUGAUGCAGGGUCCUGGGUGGAAACGGACCAUUUUCUCCGGCGCAGAACCCGUUGGCGGAGCAGAACGUCUCAACAUGGCUCAAGCUGUCGCCCGAGUAUCCAGCAAAGAUCCACGGAAGCGAUCACAUCAUAGUCACAUAAUGGCCGCCACGCCGAACCCCAUCAGGCCUUCUGAGAACCCGUCUCCGCCCAGUACGACCGAAGGCGUUCACACUGUCUCUCAUCGCAGUAGUCCUCCAAGGAAGAAGAUCCGCGGAUUACCCGAGCUGCACAUCGCCAACGACAAUCGAGGUGCUCUUCUCUCGCCAUUGCCCUCCCCUGAUCGUGAUGACGCAUCGCCGUCCUCUGCCCCCACUACGCAACCUACCCCUCAGAUAGGCUCAGGAAUGGAGCUCGCAGCUCUCUUCUCGCUGCCUUCACUCGUUGGGCACUUUGAGAAUCUCCCAGACAAACUGCAGCAGCAAGUCCUGAUGCACCUGCUUCGACGGUCCAGGAUGCCAACCAUUCAACGUCUAUACAACUUCGCCGGCACCGCUCUCAAACGCGACUUCAUCUCCUUUCUGCCGCAUGAGGUGGCUGUGCAAAUUCUCAAAAAGGUCGACACCACAACGCUUGCCGCCGCGACACGAGUCUCGAAGAAGUGGAAACACUUGAUCGACUCCGAACGUUGCAUCUGGCAGCAACGAUUGAUCGACGACGACCUGUACUAUGGGCUUGGCGUAGAGGAAGAAGAAGAAGAUCUCAUUCGGAGACGAUAUGAAGUCCUCGAUUGGAAAGCCGCCGUACCCGCUCGCAGAUCCAGCACGCCGGCUGACGACGAUCCGACCCUCGAGCGGCCGCUCGCUCUGAAGCACGUACAUCGUCGACGAUUUACGUCAAACAGGAGCUGGCUCAACGAUCAACCGGAGCACACUGCUUUCCCGGGUCAUGGAACCAAUGUCAUCACGUCCUCGGACGAUCACUCCAUCAAUGUCUACAGCACGGUUACAGGUCAGCUACGUCGCAGUCUGAGCGGCCACACGGGUGGAGUCUGGGCCCUACACGGUAGCACCGAUCGAACGCGCCUCGAGGCGGCGCACGUCUUCGACGGUCACACGUCGACUCCUGUGCUUGACCCGGCCACUGGCGAAUAUCAACCUCCUUAUCCGACUCUUACGCUUCGACCUCCUGUGUACAAUGAUGAAGAUGACAAUGAAGCUGUGCGACCCGAGAAUAAUCCAUUCCACAUCCACUGCCUCCACGGUCAUACUGGCGCUGUCCGAGCACUUGCUGCCUAUGGCAGAACUUGUGUGACGGGCUCCUACGACAUGACUGUCAGAGUCUGGGAUAUUGUCACAGGACAAUGCAAGCAUGUCUUGACAGGUCACGAGCAGAAAGUCUACAGCAUUGUGUACGACCGAUACCGCAACCGAUGUGCUUCUGGCUCGAUGGACAACACUGUCAAGGUGUGGGACGUGGUCACAGGAGAAUGCUUGCAGACACUAUCCGGGCAUACAUCGCUGGUCGGUCUCCUUGGUGCUUCACCCAACUACCUGGUCUCUGCGGCUGCAGAUGGAUGUCUCCGGGUCUGGGAUCAAAACAAUGGCGAUCUGAAACACAUUCUGGCCUCACAUACCGGAGCGAUCACAUGCUUCCAACAUGACGAGACGAAAGUGAUAUCUGGCUCCGAUGGUGCGCUGAAAUUGUGGGAUAUCCGCACUGGCGCCUACAUCAGGGAUUUGGUGGUCGGAAUUACCUCGGUCUGGCAGGUAUCUUACCAUGAUAAUAUUCUUGUAGCCGCGUCCAAUCGCGGCGGCUCUACAGUCUUUGACAUUUUCGAUUUCGGCUCAGAGUGCCAUACCCACCCGGUGGAUGACGAUCGUCUCGACUCGCUUCGGAGGCCGCCGUGGGAACCGGCCAAUCCCAUGGAGCCUCGGGCAUACCAGAUUGACGAUAUCGAUGGCGUCGAACUGACCUCACCACGAGAUCUGGGCGGCGUCAAUCCGAUCACAUCGCCUCGCGGCAUCAAUGCACUCAUGGCUUAUGCUCGAACAGUUUCCAAGGGGAGAAUGAAUCGGCUGGCCCAGCGGCAAAUCUCUCGGUGUUUCCCUCUACCUCUGGGAGGUCCAGGCGAUCUACACGUCUCGCCAAUCGAUCUACGAGGCACCUCUGCCCGUCAUGAACUUCACCGUACUGUUUCGCCGUCGCCUGCUGGACCUUCGAAUUAUCACAUGUUGGCCAGCGGAAGCGGAUCCCGAAGCGCCACGAUGAUGACCCGGGAGAGCUUUGCACCCAUCUUUGAUGAUGAUCGAGGAGAUGAAGUCAUGGAGGAGGACGUCAAGGAUGAGCCGAUGUGA